AUGUCCGCGUUGCGGCCGUGCUCCCUCCUCGGGAGCCGGGCAUCCAUCCGCGGCACACAGCCCCAGUUCCACCGCCUCGUGACCUGCGCAACGGCGGCCCGGGAAGGCUCCGCCACGAGCGGGUUCGAGGGCUUUGGCCAGUACGAGCGGAAGCGCUCUCCCUCCGGCGGGCGCGGCGGGCGCGGGGGGGGGCGCGGGGGCGCGGGCGGGCGUCCGAGCCGCGUGCGAACGUCCGGGGGCCGCGGGGGCCGCGGGGGCAGGGGCCAGGCGCAGAAGGAGGGGCCCAACUUGGGCCAGAGCAAGUACCCGCCGCACAUCAUGCGGCUGAACAAGACGCUGGCGACGCACGGGGUCGCGAGCAGGCGCGCGUCGGAGGCCCUGAUCGAGGAGUCGCGGGUCAAGGUGAAUGGCAAGGUGGUGCGGGACCCUGCGCACCUCGUGAACACGAAGCGGGACGAGGUCGAGGUCGAGGGGCGCGGGAAGCUCAAGUUGGGAACCACUGAGUACUAUUACUUCGCCGUCAACAAACCCAAGGGAUACAUCUGCUCCAACGCGCCCUCCGAGGGCUUCGAGGGCAACGCGAAGCUCGUCGUCGAGCUCCUCGAGCCGUGGAUUGAGGGGUACAGGAAGCGCGAGAAGGCGUCGAAGGGCGCGCGCCCGGCCCCGCGGCUGUACAGCGUGGGUCGCCUCGACGUCAACUCCUCCGGGCUGAUCUUCGUGACGAACGACGGGGCGUGGGCGCAGCAGGUGUCGCACCCGUCCGCGGGGCUGACGAAGGAGUACGUCGUGACCACGGACGUCGCGCCCACGAAGCAGCAGCUCGAGACCAUCGCCGCGGGCGGGAUGGUUGACGGUGCGUUCGUGCAGCCCGUGGCGGUGGGGCCGGCGUCGUCGGCGCCGGACCAGGCGAACCGCACGCGGAUCAUCGUGAACGAGGGACGCAACAGGGAGGUGCGGACCCUGGUGGCGUACGCGGGCCUCGAGGUGCGCGGGCUGAAGCGCAUCCGCGUCGGCGGGUUCAAGCUGCCCGCGGACCUAGGCCUGGGCGGGUACCGGCAGCUGCGCCCGCACGAGGUGCGCAGGGUGACGAACUUGGGGUCGCAGAAGACGCUGCUGAUGGAGAUCGGAUACGAGUGA